AUGAUGAUGAUGGCCGACGACGAGCAUUUCUGGUGAGUUUCCCUGGGCAAUAUCAUUUAUUUAAUUGAAUUCAGGGCCAAAAACGGUCGUCCAUCGCGUGCGAAAGAUCAAGAUCGCAACGCGGCCGCCAACUACAUUAUGCGAGAUCUGAAGACCGAUGCGGCUAUUCUGAAGACGUAUCAUUUGUGUGAAAACUCUUCGAGAAUCUUUCCGUCUGAUGACAUUUCACCGGAUGUCAGGUACUCGCUCAAUAAGAAGAAGCGAUGGGAAGCUGAACAAGGAAAAGAUUUGCUGGAAGUGAUUCAGAAGGCUCAUGGGUUUCCUGAAGACGUCGAGAUCAUUCUGCUGGAUAGAACCACACUCUGCUCGAUUUUCUUUUGUGAGUUUAAGACGAUCUUGGGUGAAGAAUGAAUGGUCCUUUUUUCAGCAAUCUUCGAGUCGCCAACCUGCUUCCAAUAUUAUCAAAUUUGUCAAACUCAUCAACUUCUGCCCGACGACUCAUACCGUCACACCAGAAUCAACUCAGUCUACGGCCAACCGCUAAAAAAUCUUAGAAAGACCGACGACUCCCCGGCCAAAGAUAUCAUCGCUUACCAUUUUGUGAGUGCUCCGAAGAACUACGAGAACCUGCUGAAGCACUCGUUUCGUCCCGGAAGCAGCAAGGACAGAAGUUCGUGGCGCACUUUGAGUUAUCUUCGGAGAACGCAGAGAAUGAAGAACAUGUUGUCGGAGCUGAGGCAUGAAGAAUUGGAGGAUUUGGAUGGGAAAGGAGAGGACGUCUUCUACGAUGACUAUCUGGUUUUGGAAAAGUUGGAUACGCCUAGGCAGUUGUGAGUCUAAUUAGGUUUCAAUUAUGAAAAGUAAUGAAGGGAACGUUUUCAGCUACAACUGGGACGAUCACAUUGUCGCCGACAAGUUCGUGUUCGUUAGGCGAAAGCAGCCGUCGAAAUGUUCUUCCAAUUGGAGUCUUGUCUCUUUUGAAUAA